UUUAGAAAGUAUAGCCACUUUCCAAUUGGCAUGUUAUUCUCCCUUUUCCUUCCCAACCACAACCAUACCAACAACCCCCCAUUCCAGCAAUUCUGUCAAAGGUUGCUGGAUUCAAACCAAGGGAAGGUGUACCAGAAACAAUGGAAUUAUAAAUUAGGUUUUUUUUGUUUUGUUCUGGUACGUGCAUUUGAGAAUGUUGUAGGAAGCCAAAGUUUUGAAAUACAUCCUGAUUCUGGCAUUAACAUAAGGGGUUAAAUCCUUACCCCCAUCACCAGCUGCAACUAAAUACAAAGCACCACUCUUAAUAUCUCCUAUAUCCCCACUACUAGUAGAUUUCCAUUCCGUGGCACAACCCAACUUCUUAAAGAACUUGUUCUGUGCCACACCAAGUUCAUAAGGAACACAGGGACUUUUAACCUGGCUAGUCUUCGUCGCACAAGAUCCGUUACUUUCACCGUAGUCAAUGAGCACAUGUAGGUGAAGGUUGUCAUCGUCAUGGGUUUCCUGAGCCACAGCAAUGUAAGUGGGAUUAAGGUUAGCAAGGAGAUUGACAAGGUGUGACAGUAAGUACUCUGGGAGGAGUGGACAUUGUGGGUAUGUGAGGAAGGCAUGUUUGCAAGAAAAUCGAUAAGGGCGAGAAGGAGUGCUUGAGCUUUCGGGGGAUUUCUGUUCUCCUCGUCAUUUUGAUGUUAAUGGUUAUCAUCCAAACAUACAACCUGCUCGCUCAGUACAGGAUGUUUAUCAAUAUGUUACAAAGGGAGGCAAUUAUAAGGAAUAUGGAGAGCCUCCAAAACCAAACCAGAACCCUACCCCGAAGAAGAACCGCACCUUCCGCACCAUAAUAAGGGAGUGCAACACCAAACAGGAAUACCUCGACAAGAUAAAAGAGGGAUUCCCUUAUGAGUGGGCUACUAAACUUCGAUAUUUCGAAUACUCAGGUGAAGCUCAAUUCCCAGAACCGAAACCCGAAUACAAGCCAAUCUACACUCCAUCUGAUUUUCAAGUACCACCAGAACUACAGGACUGGGUCAACGCUAACAUAUUCACGGUUAGUGCCGAAUCAUACUCCCUCAUUAACCCUGGAGCUAAUGUCUAUGAUGACUUGAAAUGGAUGCAGGAUCUUACCGAACAAACGUAUCUCAACAAGCUCAAUUUCCUUUCCAUGUUUGGUAGGAUACCGACCAACGAGGAUCUAGGAUGUCCAGAAAGUCCUUAUAUAUCUGUGGACCCUCACGAACUGGCAAGACCUGUUGGGCCAGAUCUCUUGGAUCGCACAGUGGAUGGUGGACGAGUGGGCAGGGGUAUAAUUGUAAAUUAACUGUAGAAGACACGUGGAGGAUUUUAAUUGGAGGGUUUAAAGUAUGCGGUGGAUGGUGGGCGCUUUUUGGAAUAUCCGUACAAAAAGCAUGUGGGACCCACCAUAAUAUAUUUAAGCCCACAAACAGAGAAUGGGCCACCAGAUAAAACAGUUUGGGCUUUUCAUCCGAGGCCCAAUUGGUGUGGGCUAUUAAUUUUAUGGGCCGGUCUGUUAUUAUUUUCGGAGGCCCAGUAUAUAGGUGGCCCAUUCAUGACCGUAUGGUAACGGUCAUAUACAUACGUCAAGUACGAUAUAAAUACGUAUUAGCAGGAUUAUAUGAUACGAGGUAAGUUUCGAAAGACGUAUGUGAUAGAUUAGUUGUGGAACACAAAUGGGUGAUUACGGUGAAGAGUAACGGAAGAGGUGUGAAGGGGAGUAGUCGGGUUCCAUGUCCGGUUGUUCCUUACGAACUGGGUGUGGCACAAACAAGUUCAUUGAGAAUUUGGGUUGUGCCACGGAAUGGAAAUUUACUUUUAGUCGGGUUAUUGGAGAUGGGAAGAGGGGUUCUUUGUACCUGGGUGCAGCUGGAGUUGGGGGUAAGGGUUUAGUUCCUUAUGAUAAUUUUAGGUUUAUCAGGUAUUGCAAAUCUGAGGGAUUUCAGGGAAUUAAUACAGAACAAUUGAAUAUUGUGCCCUUGAAAGAGAAAAUUUUAUUUAUUGUUCGGUAAGACCGAAAUCACAAAACACACAGGAAGCACAAAACAGGGGAAAACGCAUAUUAAUUAAUCCUAGGAGAUCAGAGCGACACGGAUGUGAGCUCGUCUAAACAGGGGGAAAACACUUAUACAUCGUUCUUCGUCUUCUUUGUUCUUUUCUGGUUCUUCUUCUUCUUCGAAAGUGGGGGAGGAUUGAUUACAAUAUAUUGGUAAGCAAGAUGGGGUAAGUCGUUAUCAUCCGCAGGAAUAUCCCAACCAGAAGGAGUUGUGACAUUGACGGUUGAGGAUGGAGGAGCAGAGUAUUUGACAAGACAAAAACGCAGCCGGAUACUGAACAAACAAACGUACGUCCAUCUUAUACGUAACCGUCUUGUUCGUAUGUCUCCUCGAUUCUUCAGUCCCAUGCGGAUAAUUAGUCAUAAGGGCCACAUACCCACCUUGAUUGAUAAUAACUGCGGCCUUGUUAGAAGUCCAUGUGAACUGGGCCACCUGCAAACUGGGCCUGUUACGAGAAACAACAGGCCGGCCCACAUCAUUCAUAGCACUCGCCAAUUCGGCCUCAGACGACAUGCCCAAGGCCCGUAAAGCCCUAAUCUGGUUGGCCCGUUCUCUGUUUUUGGAAGCCCGGUCCCAUUUCCUCCUUCUGUAAACUUUACCUCCCCACUUGCUAGAUGACCCCUGUAACACCAUUGGUAACACUUGGCCUCACAGGAGUGGCCCCAAAACCUGCUUCCGUCACCGUACGUAUUCUUUUCUCUUUAAAAAGCAAUAUACAGUCCUUCAAAAAGACUGAAUAUGCGAAAUAAAGCAACCCUAUCGCACCCCCAAUAAUAACGAAGAUCGUGAUGACGGAAGAUAAGGUUAAAGGCAUACCUAUCGCACUCCCAUCUUUUUCUUUCGAAAAAGAAAAGAUAAAAAGGAAGAUAACCCUUUCGGUCUAUUUAUACCCACAAAAGUAGUGGGCCCGUCCACCGUGCACACCACGCAUCUCAAAAAGGCGCCCACCAUCCACCGCAUACUACGAUGCUUCCACGUGUCCCACUCACGCUCUUUAACAAUUCGACGGUCCCGAUGAACAUCCACUCGUCCACCAGCCACCGCGAUUUCCGUAAUAUUAAUAUGGAAAUCGCGGGGCUGGUACCAACACACAACCCGUUCCAACCCAAUGUCAUCCCCCGAAAGCUCAAGCACUCCUUCUCGCCCUUAUCGAUUUUCUUGCAAACAUGCCUUCCUCACAUACCCACAAUGUCCACUCCUCCCAGAGUACUUACUGUCACACCUUGUCAAUCUCCUUGCUAACCUUAAUCCCACUUACAUUGCUGUGGCUCAGGAAAGCCAUGACGAUGGCAACCUUCACCUACAUGUGCUCAUUCUUACUGAGCGCAAAAUGGAUUUCCGUUCUCCUCGUCAUUUUGAUGUUGAUGGUUAUCAUCCAAACAUACAACCUGCUCGCUCAGUACAGGAUGUUUAUCAAUAUGUUACAAAGGGAGGCAAUUAUAAGGAAUAUGGAGAGCCUCCAAAACCAAACCAGAACCCUACCCCGAAGAAGAACCGCACCUUCCGCACCAUAAUAAGGGAGUGCAACACCAAACAGGAAUACCUCGACAAGAUAAAAGAGGUAUUCCCUUAUGAGUGGGCUACUAAACUUCGAUAUUUCGAAUACUCAGGUGAAGCUCAAUUCCCAGAACCGAAACCCGAAUACAAGCCAAUCUACACUCCAUCUGAUUUUCAAGUACCACCAGAACUACAGGACUGGGUCAACGCUAACAUAUUCACGGAUACCGACCAACGAGGAUCUAGGAUGUCCAGAAAGUCCUUAUAUAUCUGUGGACCCUCACGAACCGGCAAGACCUGUUGGGCCAGAUCUCUUGGACCGCACAACUAUUGGGCCGGCAACAUCGACUUCACAAACUACGAUGAGCGAGCAACUUAUAACAUCGUGGAUGACAUACCUUGCCAAUUCGUGCAUCCGUUCAAGUCCAUCAUCGGGAUCCAAUCCAACUACACCGUCAACCCAAAAUAUGGAAAAAAAAAAGGCAAAUCAAAGGAGGGGUCCCCACCAUAAUCCUCACCAACCCAGAUGAGGAUUGGACUAAAACAAUGAACCAGUCUCUCCUUGAUUAGUUUUAUGUUAAUGUUCAAACCUACAAUAUGGACCCCGAGGAAACCUUCAUCACCGUUCCGUCCACCCCUGUUUUAGCUGCUGAAGAAGAAGAAGAAGAAGAAGAAUAAGACAGACGAGCUCACAUCCGUGUCGCUCUGAUCUCCUAGUGUUAAUUUAUGUUUGUUUUUUCCCUGUUUUUUGUGUGUUUUGCGUGUUUGUAAUUUUGUUCUUACCGAACAAUAAAUAAAAUUUUCUCUUUCAAGUACACAAUAUUCAAUUGUUCUUUAUUUCAUCACUGAAAUCCCACGGAUUUGAAAUACAUCCUGAUUCUGGCAUUAACAUAAGGGGUUAAAUCCUUACCCCCAUCACCAGCUGCAACUAAAUACAAAGCACCACUCUUAAUAUCUCCUAUAUCCCCACUACUAGUAGAUUUCCAUUCCGUGGCACAACCCAACUUCUUAAAGAACUUGUUCUGUGCCACACCA